AGCUACGUGUCUGCGCGCCAUUGACGUAUCCAUGGCAACAGCUUCUAGUGUUGAUCAUCCCAAGAUGGCGGACGCGGAAACAACCGCAACGCUCCCUGUUGCUACUGAACCCAAGAAACGUCGGGCGCCUAAAGAUUUUUAUGCUGUUCCUCCACCCAGCCCCAGAGCUUCCUAUUGUGGAGAGAAGGAACUGGUUAAUCCAUCAGCACUAUAUCCUCAAGGACUACGAUACCUGUAAGGUUAUCAUCAAAGACCAACUGCAGGAGACUAAUGGGAUGUGUGAAUAUGCCAUAUAUGUUCAAGCACUAAUCUUACGUCUUGAGGGCAAGAUCCAGCAGUCCCUGGAGCUGUUUCAGAGCUGUGCCAUCUUAAAUCCCAACAGCGCAGACAAUCUUAAGCAAGUGGCCCGAUCACUAUUUCUUCUGGGAAAGCACAAAGCAGCUAUUGAAUUCUAUCAUGAAGCUGCAAGGCUCAACGAGAACGACUGGGAGAUCAGUCAUAAUCUGGGAUUGUGCUAUUUCUUCAUCAAAGACUUCAAAAAUGCUGAGGAGCAUCUAAAGAUAGCUCUCAAGAUAAACAAGCACGACAAAACCUUCAUGAUGCUCGGGAAGGUUCACCUGCUGGCUGGAGAAACCGACAAGGCCAUAGAAGUGUACAAGAAAGCGGUGGAAUUUUCUCCAGAAAACACUGAAAUCCUCACAACACUGGGCCUGCUGUUUUUGCAGCUUGGGAAAUACCAGAAAGCAUUUGAACAUCUUGGGAAUGCCCUCACCUUUGACCCCAACAAUUAUAAGGCCAUCCUGGCUGCAGGCAGCAUGAUGCAGACCCAUGGUGACUUUGAUGUGGCUAUGAACAAGUACAGGGUGGCAGCAUGUGCUGUGCCGGAGAGUCCCCCUCUGUGGAACAACAUUGGCAUGUGCUUCUUUGGGAAAAAGAAAUAUGUAGCUGCCAUCAGCUGCCUGAAGCGGGCCCACUACUUGUCUCCUUUUGACUGGAAAGUGUUGUACAACCUUGGUCUGGUACACCUCACCAUGCAGCAGUAUGCCUCUGCCUUCCACUUCCUCAGCGCAGCCAUCAAUCUGAAUCCACGAAUGGGGGAGCUCUACAUGUUGCUGGCAGUUGCUCUGACCAACUUGGAGGAUGUCGAGAACGCCACCAGAUCUUACGAGCAAGCUGUGACUCUGGACGAAUCCAACCCCCUGGUUAACCUGAACUUUGCAAUCUUCCUCUAUAAUCAUGGAGACAAGAAGGGAGCUCUGGAUCAAUACCAGGAGAUGGAAAGGAAAGUCAACAUACUCCGAGACAGCAGUAGCAACUUUGAAUUUGAUCCUGAGCUAAUGGACAUGGCUCAGAAGAUGGGAGCUGCUCUACAGGUGACAGAAGCACUGGUGUGGACUAAACCAGGCAAGGACUCCAAAUCAAAACCAAAUUCUGCAGCAGCCACCAAAACCCCCGGUGCUCCCCUCGGUACUAACCAAGUCCUGGGUCAGGCCAUGUCUUCAGCCGCAAGCUACAGCAAAAACAUUCAGCUGUCAACAGGGGUAUCCAGAGGCCCUUCCAAUGCAGGAGAGCCAGAAGAUGAUGUACUGGAAGCCCCCAGCCCACCUUCCGAUCCUCCGGGAUCCCCAGAGCCCGCAGAGUCGGACAAUCCUAAACCCAGAACCUCCAAAAUGAAAUCAAAGGUGCAGGAAUGAAUUCUCUUGGUGGCUACAGUCUUACACUACGUGUGUCAUCUUUGAGGUCACCUAUUUGUAAUGGAGGACAAUUAAGCCUCUUUGAGUGCAGCCAAGCGACUGUAUUUGUGCUUUUUCUAGCUCAUGGUAGUUCAGUCUUGGUUUUAAUUUAGCAGCACAGAAGUUUCACGUCCUGCUCCAACAUUUCCAUAUGAAAAGGGUGUGGUCGGUGUUCACUGUUAUGCCUCUCAUCUCAGAAAUAUCAGUACACAACUCACCGAUGUAAACCAACAGUUUUUUAACUUAGCUGUACAUAUUUGUACAUUUAAGAAUUCAAGAAAGAAAGUCUCUAUUCAGCAAAAUGGUGAUAACGGGCCUGUGAAGUUGCAAGCAUUCAUUUAUGAUGAGCUUAGCAAUAAAGUUAAAGGAUGGAUUUUAUUUGUACUGACUGUCUGAUAUGAUCCACCAAUGUGAAGGAAAUGCUGUGACAAUCACUGCUACAAUGUGAGGAUAGAAUGGGAGCUUUUUCAAUUGUUCCUGGAUAUAUAUAGUUUGUUUGAUAGGACCUGAGUAUAAAUAGUGAUACAUGCUUUUAUAUGUGGAUAAGUGUUAUGUUUAUAGAGUAAUGUAUUUAAUAUUAAAUAAGAUUUUAAAUAAAA